CGCGGGGCUCUUAAAGGCGCCGCGUCCCGGUACCGAGCCCGCCGCCGGUACGGGGAUGGAGGCGGCGCCCGCCACAGCGGCGGCCCCGGGCUGGCGCUGCCGGCCGGGGGGACGGCUGGACAUGAGCCACGGCUUCGUGCGUCACAUCCGCCGCAACCAGCUCGCCAGGGACGCGUACGACCGUGCGGUGCGGCAGGCGCGGGGCCGAGCGCGGACGAGGCUGACACCGGGCCCGGCGCGGCCCCGGCGGCCCGACCAGCAGGUGUACCGGCCGCACCGGGGCGGCGGGCCCGGGGGCGAUGCCAGCGCCGGUUCCCCCGCCGAGGGCAGCGGGGCCGCCCCGGAACCGGCGCGGGGGCCGCGGCUCUUCUGCCUCGAGUACGAGGGCGACGACGGGCGGGUGACGGCCGUGAUCGUGCACCAGGGGGACAGCGCGGAGGAGGUGACGCGGCGCGUGUGUGCCCACAGCCCCCUGGAGCCCCCCCUGCGCAGGGCGCUGUGCCAGCGCGUGCAGGACGAGCUCAGCAAGCGCCGGGGCACGGGGUGAGGCUGCGGGCACGGCCCCGGGCGCUGCCGCCCUGCCCCGGGACCCGCGCCGG